UAAAUACAAUUAUUUUGCCGCUUUUGGCAAUUCAGCAAUCUGUAAAUAUGUCGGUCGCCUCGCCAUCUAAUCCUGCUCUUGCAUUGCAAAAUAAACGCUGGAACGGUCUGCGGAAUGUCUUGGAACGUGAGGGUCUAUUUUGCAAGGAUGACUUUACUCCAUCAUCGGAUAAUCUGGAAUUCCUACAAACAAAAUGCAAAGUGCUAGUCAUUGGAGCCGGCGGCUUGGGCUGCGAGCUCCUUAAAGACUUGGCAUUGAUGGGCUUUGGUGAUUUGCAUGUAAUUGACAUGGAUACCAUUGAACUGUCCAAUCUGAAUCGACAGUUUCUGUUCCGUCGCACAGAUCUCGGUUCAUCCAAGGCAGAAUGCGCCGCGCGUUUUAUCAACAAUCGCGUGCCCACAUGCAAGGUGACGCCUCACUUUGCCAAGAUACAGGACUUUGACGAGUCAUUCUACCAGCAGUUUCACAUUAUUGUUUGCGGCUUGGACUCGAUUGUGGCACGCCGCUGGAUCAAUGGUAUGUUGCUCUCCAUGCUGCGAUACGAAGAGGACAAUAGCCUGGACGUCUCCUCGAUAAUACCAAUGAUUGAUGGUGGCACUGAAGGAUUCAAAGGCAAUGCCCGCGUCAUAUUGCCCGGCUAUACAGCCUGCAUCGAAUGCACCUUGGACCUCUUCCCGCCACAGGUAAACUAUCCACUGUGCACGAUCGCCAAUACGCCUCGUCUGCCAGAACAUUGCAUAGAAUACGUAAAGAUCAUACAAUGGGACAAGGAGAAUCCCUUCAAUGCCCCGCUGGAUGGGGAUGAUCCACAGCACAUUGGUUGGAUAUAUGAGCGCGCCCAGGAGCGCGCCAAUCAGUUCAAUAUAACCGGCAUCACCUACCGACUGGUCCAGGGCGUCAUCAAACACAUUAUCCCGGCAGUGGCCAGCACCAAUGCGGUUAUAGCCGCUGCCUGUGCCCUGGAGGUGUUUAAGCUAGCCACUAGCUGCUAUGAUAGCAUGGCCAACUACUUUAACUUCAACGAUUUGGAUGGCAUUUACUCCUACACCUAUGAGGCGGAGAAGUCGGAUAACUGUUUGGCCUGCAGCAAUAUGCCGCAAUUGCUGAAUAUCGAGGAUCCCAAUACGACAACCCUGGAGGAUGUCAUCAAGCAGCUUUGCGAACUGCCGCGUUUCCAGCUCAAGAGCCCAGCUCUUACCACCAUCAUGGCAGAUGGCAAGCAACGCACUCUCUACAUGGCCAAUGUGAAAAGUAUCGAGGAGGCUACACGUAAGAAUCUGACGCAGUCGCUGGGCGAGCUGGGCCUGCAGGAUGGACAGCAGUUGACAAUCACAGAUGCCACAUCGCCGACAGCGAUGACGUUGCAGCUCAAAUAUCAAGCCAAUGAGGUUGAAAUGUUAUAAACUAUAUACUGAAUAUACAAUAUUUAAGUCGA